AGAAGUAGCACUUUUCUCAAUCAAAGAAAGGAAAGGGGCUGGGGGUGGGUUCAGUUAUAAAACCCUGUUUGUUUAACUGUUUUUCUUAUGAUUUUGGUAAAGGAUCUCAGCUGACUCCUGUUUUACAUCUUGGAGCUGGAGCAUGUGCUGGAAUAAUUGCCAUGUCCGCAACAUAUCUAAUGGAUAUGGUUCGAGGCAGGAUAACUGUACAGACAGAGAAGUCCCCUUACCAGUACAGAGGGAUGUUCCAUGCUUUGACAACUGUGCUUAGGGAAGAAGGCCCACAUGCUUUAUAUAAGGGUUGGCUUCCUUCAGUCAUUGGAGUUGUUUCCAUUGUAGGUCUAAACUUUGCUGUUUAUGAGUCUUUGAAAGAUUGGUUAGUUAAAUCCAAUCCAUUUUGUCUAGUGCAAGAUUCUAAGUUAAGUGUGACAACUCGCCUGGCAUGUGGUGCUGCACCUGGAACUGUUGGGCAAACUUUUGCUUAUCCCCUUUGA